ACAUAUAAAUGGCGGCUGACGAAAAAUGGUACUUCACGAAAGAACAGCUAAUAAAUACGCCGAGCAGAAGAUGCGGCAUCGACGCAGAUAAGGAACUGAGCUACAGGCAGCAGGCAGCAAAUUUUAUUCAGGAUAUGGGACAGCGGCUUGUGGUGUCACAAUUAUGUAUCAACACAGCGAUAGUGUAUAUGCACAGAUUUUAUGUAUUUCACUCGCUGUCACAUUUCCACAGGAAUGCAAUUGCAGCAGCAGCACUAUUUUUAGCAGCAAAAGUAGAAGAACAACCGCGCAAGUUAGAACAUGUUAUCAAAAUGGCACACAUGUGUCUCCACAGAGAUCAGCCCCCACCUGACGUCAGAUCUGAGCAAUACCUUGAGCAAGCUCAAGAUCUGGUGUUCAACGAAAAUGUUCUACUACAAACAUUGGGGUUUGAUGUCGCCAUUGAUCAUCCCCACACACAUGUUGUUAGAUGUUGUCAACUGGUUAAAGCGAGCAAGGACUUAGCCCAGACUUCGUACUUCAUGGCAUCUAACAGUUUGCAUUUAACAACCAUGUGUCUGCAGUACAAGCCAACGGUGGUUGCCUGCUUUUGCAUUCAUCUUGCAUGUAAAUGGUCUAAUUGGGAGAUACCACAAAGUACGGAAGGGAAGCACUGGUUCUGGUACGUCGACAGAAGUGUGACAUCCGAACUAUUACAAGAGCUUACAGCAGAAUUCCUCCAUAUAUUUGAUAAGUGCCCAUCAAGAUUGAAAAGAAAAAUAAUGAGCAUAUCCGCUAAUCAAAGUCCAAGCAUUAAUCAUCCCAGUUUACCGAACUCACCCUUUGAUGCGGAACCACGCAAGGUACAAUCUCCUGCGACGACGGCCGAUGGUGGACCUACAUUCCACACAAAUCGACCUCAUCAAGCGGAGAAACAAGAAGAAAAGAAACAGAACGCUCCCGCACCUGCGAGACCUCCUGUAGAUUAUCGGGAAUAUCGAGAAAAGAAAGAACGCGAGCGUUUGGAAAGAGAAAAGGCAUCAGUUCCAGCAUCAGUUGCGCCAAGUCAUGCAUCGGAUAUUAAUAAGCACCAUUCUCAUCACCACAAACCUGUAUCUAGUACAAAUGUGCUGAACAAACAUCCGUUGCCUCUUGGACAGAAGACACUCCAUCAUAAUCAUCAUCAUAGACCAGAUAUAAAAGUUGGACAACCGGUGCCCCAGAGGCAUUCGAGUAGUACUCAAGCUAGGGAACCAAAUCGUGAUCCCAAUAGACAGAGGUUACAAAGAGAAUACAGUUCGAACACUGGUAUAAGUAGCAGUAGUUGUAGUAGUGGUAGUGCUCUCCAUUCUCACAGUCAUGUCGUAUCAAAGGAACAAACUUUGGAUAAUUCUAUAACCGAUUCCGUUACUCACAGAUCGGAUGUUGGAUCAUUACAAGAGCCAACGCCUCAUGGGAAUAUACAGGAGAAACUUAGUAAUAAUAAUCAUAGUCUGCACAGAUUAAGUGGAGUAGAAAGUAAACAUCAGGGUCAUGAUAAAAGAAUGUAUGAUCCAAGGCAUAAACCAGUAGAGCAUAGGAAAGAUAGUGAACAAAAGCCAUAUAAAUAUCCAGAUCCAAGUAGAAUCGAUCGACAAAGAAAGUCUGAUACGUUGGAGCAAAGGUGUGAAGAGGUUAGAAAGCUCAUUGAGAAGUCAAUACCUCCACCUAAACCGACGCUUGACGUACCAUAUAGUUCAAAUACACAAAAGCCGUCGUCACACCAUAUAAAAUACAAUCAGUCAGAAAAGUUACAAGGUAGUUCUGGUGCAGUGCCGACCGAUGUGAAACUUAGUACUAGCCAGAGUUCAUUUUCACAAGAAAAGUCUCCGAGUAACUCCGUUUCAUUGCUUAGUCAAAAAUCAUUAUCUUCGAAGACAAUAUCCAGUCAACAUACAGCUCAUGGUGUAUCACAAAUAUUAAAGGACACGAUUAAAAAUAGUAAUUCUCAGUCGUCGAGUUUAUCCUCGUUGAAUAAUCUUGACGACCCAAAAACUGAAAAACGACCGCGGCAUGAUGACACAGACAAAAGUUCGUCCGAUAUCCAACAGAAUGUGUUACAAACCCCUCCUGGUAAGCCAAAAUCGCUAUUCAGUCCAGAGAAAGUACCAACGCCUCGGGAAUCUCAUUCACAGAGGCUUAAGACUAAACAAAAGACGCCGCCUUCGGCUGCAAAAGUUCCUAAACAAGAACGCGUACCAGACACAUCGAUAGGCUUUAAUUUAGUAUCACCUUUCGCAAGCCCACCAGGUUUGCAACAGCAAGAAACGCAAUCGGUUAAACGAUCGGCUAACGAUGUUUCUGCAACGUCCCAUAAAAGGCAUCGCACGUGUAGUACUAGCGAAAGUGGACAGCAAGUGAAAGUAAAAAUGGAUGAUACGACGUCCAGUUUCGAGGCAGUUAAGAUGCUCGGUAGAGUACCGGAACUGAUACAACCUAUUAGAGAUAAUCCAUCGGCGAAUGGUAGAGCCACUCAAAUUGCGAAUGAUAUGAAACCACCGGAGCUCAUUAAACCUUUUGAUUCAGAGCCAACGAUAUCACGUUUUAGCACAAUACCUACACAGCCACAGAUAUCAUCAAAUCAACAGGGUUUGACGAAUGGACUGGAUACUAAUUUAGUGAAGCAAGAGCCUCAAGAAUUCCAAAUUAAAAAGGAAACCUAUAAAACAGAUAUACCAAUAAAGGCUGAACAUCAGAUUAAAGGAGAAUAUUUAUCUCCAAUGAAAUCUGCUCAAAGUAUAAGUGCUCUGCUUCAGGAACCUUUAGCACCCAUGCCAUCGUUAUUACAAAAUAUGCAACAAUUUAGUCAAAUACCACCACAACAGCAAGUUCAUCAGGAACAAUUUCAACAACAGCAGUUGCAACAGCAGCAACAGCAACUUCAACAUGAACAACCACCACAACCUCAACAUCAACCAUCGAUAUCUCAUUCGAUGUUGCUCGCACAGCAGGAACCCGUUCAAAGUCAGUGUCUGCCUCUAUCAUCGGUUACCGAACCAAUGAUAGCUUCGACCGUAGAUAUAAGUGCUCUGUCUGGCCCCGUACAAACAAAUACAGAAUCCAUUCUCUCUGUACCAACAUCGACGACCAUAACCGUCGCACCCCCUGUAGAAGAGAAGAGAUCGGAGCAUCACAAGAGUGAAAAGAAGAAAAAGAAGGAGAAGCAUAAACACAAAGAUAAGGAGAAGAGUAAAGAAAAGCACAAACACAAGCAUAAAGACAAGGAUAAAGAAAAGCAUCGAGACAAGGACAAAGAAAAAGGAGAAGAAACUGUGCCUGCAGUACCUAUCAAAAUCACAAUUCCUAAAGACAAAUUGAAUCUGAGCACAGAAUCGACAGGAAGCACCGGUGCGAAUACAGUGCCAACUGACAAAAACAAGUCGCCUCAGAAUACUAGUAUCAAAAUUAUUAUUCCUAAGGAACGACUGAAGAGUACGGACAAUGUAUCUAGUUCACCGGGUCAGUCCGUAGUUCAGGCUCCGCUGAAGAUUAAAAUCCGAACGGAUGGAAUCUCGAGGAGUUCCGGCGCGCCCUCAACGACGGGCAGUUCGAGCAGCAUCGUUCCAGAGUUCACGAACGAAAGUCGGAAGCGCGAUCGUUCUGAAAUGAAGGAGAGUCCAACGACUAGUGUUCCGCCAACGAAGAAGCAAUCGCAGGUGUCCUCGGUGGGUUACGGGCAACACCGACUAGGCGAACGGCAGAACGGCAGACACUAUAGUUCAGGCAACAAUAACAAGGUACGUGGAGGCGGUAGAGGCGGCCGCCAGUAUAUCGGGCGUGGUCCACCACCAGCAGGAUCGGCGGGCCAUUACAGUGCUCCCGGCCAGCGCGACGGCUACUAUCAGCAAGACACCUACAAUAGUAACAAUGCCCGUAAUCCACACCAUCCUCAUCCAUCCUCAGCUCGUGGUGAUCCAGGUUACUCGAGGGCUGGCCACGUAAAUCAGACCCAACCAGAUUCUUAUUUUUUUGCUAAUUACCCGCCACCCUCGAUGUUCAACCCUGCCGGGUACAUUUACGAUCCUGUCAUGUACUAUUCACAAUAUCAGCAACAGUACCCGAUGUAUCCGGCGGGUAAUGUCAUUAUAACACCAGACGGUGCUAUCGAUACGUCUGUACCGCCACCAUCCUUACCACCGAAUAUGCGACAAAAUCAAAGCAUGAUCCCAGUUCCGUCUACUCGGCAGGAACCCAAGACACCACCACCGUUACCGAGCGGACCACCCCCCAGUUCCUCACCACCACCACCUCCACCACCGGAAUAACAUUCGUACAGAAAUCCUGUCUUGUAGUGGACUUAAGAGGUAGCUUCCAAAGUAGCGGUAGUAACUGCAGCCACUUCUUGCUCUAUUUUCUUUUAUAUCAAAUGAUUGACGGACUGGGAAUCGUGGUAGUAUAAGUUCAAAUUUUGAAAAUUUAGAUUUAGUCAUAGGCGCUUCAACUCCGAAAAGCAUUAUCCUAUCACGCAUCAUAAAAAUUCCAUAAUUCAUUAAGUCUUUUUAUAUUAAUAAACACAGAACGAUAUUUUAUGAAAAAUACUAGUGGACUGAUUUAUAUCACUACGAUUCUCAGUCCUCCAAUUGUCUUCUUUCUAUUCAUUAUGUUAGUUAGUUGAUUUUUUAAAUACGUUUAAUUUGAUAUACUCAACAUUCAUUGAAUAUUCCAUUGAUUGUGUAUCAUCAUUGAAUAUCUUUGUGUAAGUGACAUAGAAUAUCAAUUGAAGUAUCUUUGUAUGAAAGAUAGAAUAAUAUCGUAAGUCAUAAAAAGGUUUUGAAAGAAAAAAUAAUGAAUGUUAUUUGUUUUAUAAGAGAAGGCAGUUUGGAGUUUUAGGGGCUGAAUAAUAGGAUGGAAAACGAGAAAAAGAAGUGGCUGGAGAUUCCCGUAGAAUGAAUUUUCGAUCUUGAAGGAAUACACUUUCACCUUGCCUCUAUCCUCUCUGCUCCCUUCCAGUUUGUGAAUGGUAGAAGUAGCAGCAUGUCAAACGAUCUCUAUUCCUCUAGUGUUAAAAUUUAUCAUUUCGAUCUUUCAACCUUUGUACCUGUAGCGCAGCUCCUUAGAGUAGUUAAAUGAGUGUAAGCCUUCAUUGAAGAGUAAAAACGAAAAGUUAAAAGUCUUGUGAGGUCCAUGCGACCUAGGGAGGAUGAAGUAACUGCAUCAAGAAGACGACGAUGUUGCGAAUUGACGUGUUAUAUGUAAAAAGGAAGUGAAAAUAUCGGGUCAUUUUAUUUUACUCAAGAACACUGAAGAAGUUCUUCAAUUACUUUUUUGUCAAAUCAAUUAAGAAUUAUUUGAUUAUAAGAUAUUUUCAAGGUAGGUCCUUGAAUCUAAGAAAAAAGGAUAACAUUUCACGACAAUCAUUUUUUUUAUUGUAUAUAUUCUAAAUUAUAUAUAGUAAUUAUAUAUGGAAGAUGCAAUUCUCAGAACUAUUAGUAAUUUUUUGUUUCACGUUAAAAUGUCUUCUUUGUCGAAAAAAGAAGUUAGAGACAUGGGGAAAAAGAAAACGUAGGUGCACUAUAGUAUUUAGGUCAGCAACCUAGUUGCUAGUAUGAUACACAUAGUUGAAGAGCUUACGAGUAGAGUAGUUCAAUAUUGUCGAAAAGAUUGUCGUGAAUAUUAAUGUACGAAACACUGCCAGAUCAGAAUUUAGAAAAUAACUAUAUUUUGCGCUAAUGGUCAAAUGUCGAUAGAUAGAGAAUGCUCAAAAAAAUCUAGAAAAAGGGAGAGUAACUUCUUUCAGCCUUAUUUAUUUUUCUUAUCAUAUUAACUAUAAUCAAUUAGUACAUUUUUUGCGAAGCUACUCGAUCGAAUAAACUUCGAGGUGGUUGAAAAAAACAAUUCCUUUCUAGCAAAGAAUUUCGGAGAAAGGGUGGUGUGCAGAGUGUUGCGUUCAUAUAAAAUCAAACUUUUGCAUAAACGGGUAAUAUGGCUAGAACAACUUACGAGGUUACUUAAAAACUAUAAAGAAUUUAAUAAAUUACGAAUAAAAAUAAAAAAAAAUUACAAAGAAGAAAUACGAAAAGGAAAAAAGAAUUAAUGUAUAAUCGUAUGCAGUGAAGUGAUUGAGAGUGAUUAGAAAAACAUAAAUGUAUUAUUAAUACGAAUUUAAAAGUGUAUGUAUUUGUUAAGGUACAUAUAAUUUUGUUGAAACUAACAUGUGUAUUACAUCGUCGUUGUUUUUAUACGCGGAUAAAAUAAUAUUAACAAAGAUUCUUUCCGACUAACCCUUUGCAGUCCGAUUUAUCUUUUUGUCGUUUCGUGUCAGCCGAAGCUAAUAUUUGCUAAGCUUUCUGUGCGAUACUUUCAAUACUAUCCCUUUCUUAUUCUAGCAUUGAACUCUCCAUCGAACAUUUUAUAUGUAUAUGAUUUAAAACAUAUCUAGAAGAACGAAUACAAUGCUCCACGAUAUUGUAAUUAUUAUAGCACAUUUAUUGUUGGAUUAUCGUAGGAUUCGAAAGGAACGCAAAGGGUUAUUAUCGCGUUGUUCUGCGUGCAAUAGGAAGUUGCAUUUCUAUUAGUAUGAAAAGAAAAAUAAUUCUAUAAUUACGAAAGUUGGAACACAGCUCAAAAAAGAUGCAACUUCUGUAUAUGACUGUCGUUUGUUAAUGUGCGGCAUAGAGUGUUGAGCAAUUGUGAAAUAUAAUUACGAUUAUAAUAGAUGCGAUAUGAAGUAAUGGACUUCGUAGAAUUUGCUCUCAUUGUUAGUACAGGAUAAUUAUAGAUUUGUUAAUAUCGCGAUUUUUUUUUUUUUUCAUUUAUCUCUCGUAUACGAAUUAGAAUACGCGGCCAUCAUUGAAGUCUGGUCAGAAAAUCGCGAUUGACAAUUUGGUUAAGGUUUGAUUUAGACGAGUUGUGCAUUAUUAUUGAUAUUUUGCUGAGAAGGGCUGCUAUUCGACAACUUUUAUAUUGUUGAUGAUGGAGUGUUGAUUAGAUCGUAAUAUUGCUAUUUGAAAUGUCAUUUCUAAAGCUAGAAAGUUUUCUCACAAUUUUUAAACAAAUUCGGACGCUAUAUUGUCUAUGUUCUUUAGAAUCAUUUCUUAAUCUAUAUUUAUCUUUGAUGCAGAUUGUAGAAUCAGUUUUUUGUAGAUUACAGAAAAUUAAAUUCUGCUCGAGGAAUUUUACAAUUUCUAUAUCUUUGACUCAUUUUUGCAUAUAGGACGACUUCUUAAUUUUGAUCAUGUUACAUGUUACCUAUUCUGUCGAAUUGCUCAGCGUUACUGACACAAAAUCACAAUUCAUCUAUAUCGAACCUUAAAAAAUCAGAACAACGAUGUAACGAUGAUUCUUUAACCGCGCGUAGUUUCCUAUUAAAAAUCGAUGAGCACAUCCUCACAUCGCAUCAAUGGUAUUUUCAAUCAGAUAUUCACGAAUGUAUAAAGAGAGCCUUUUUAUUAACGUUUAUAGAGUUGAGAGGAUGGCAUGCUUAUGAGGGUUAACGAGAUGGAAACAUGCGACGGGAUAAAGAUAUUAUUUAGCUUUUCAGUUUUUUAGAUGUCGAUGAAGAGACGAUCAGAUUUGUUCAUAUUAAGUUCUCUGAAUCUGAAGAGAGAAUUCUUUCUUCAGCGUUUAAGCAUAACAAAAUAGUCCAUCUAUUUGUGUGACUACUUAAGAACUUUCCUACCUAAGAUUUUAUUUUUUACAUUCUCUUGUACAAUGAUUUCAGUUUUGAUCACUGAGCGUCUUUAAGUGUAUAUGUAGAUUGUUUUUAUAUUUAUUUGUAAUAAUCGUGGGCGCGCGUAGACUUUUUUUCUCAUUUUUUCUCUCCCACUCAAUUCUUAACGAUAUAUCGCAUGUUGGACAAUAUAUAUGUAUAUUAUAUGUAUAUAUAAUAUAUAUAUUAUAUAUGUAUAUUAUAUAUGUGUAUAAUGUAUAUCAUAUAUGUAUAUUACAUAUAUGUAUAGAAUAAAGAAUAUAUAUAUAUUAUAUAUGUAUAUAUGUAAGCAACAAAUUAAAUAUAGAAUGGAUAUUAUCUCAGGAACGUAUAAGAAAAGAACGAGAGAUAGCGUGAUUAAUAUAUUUAAAAAUGAUAUAUAUAUUAUCUAUUAAGAAUGCGUUUGUAUUUACAUAAAAUAUGCACACGCGACACACGUGUUUCGUGCAGCCAUUGUGACAAACAAAAAUUUAUAGGCCCGCUAAGCGUUGUGGCACCAAUCGAUGCCUUUGUUGUUAUUGUUAUAAUUAUUGUCACAAUUAGGACCUAGUAUUUUGAAUUUAGAUCAUUAUAUGUGUACUGUGUGAUUGCUAUGAUCGUUGCCUCUUUCUGGACUUCUCAGUGCAAAAUUCUGUAGUUUGUUUUAUAUCUUACUUCUUUAGCGAGACCAGAAUGCCUUAUAUUUAAAAAACAAAAGAAAAAGAAUGUUUAGUUGUAGUUUAUAAGAGACGAAAAUAAUUAAAAAAAAAAAGAAACCGUGAAGUUUUUUUCUUAGCGAGUAAAUAUUCCGCGUGUAAAUCGAAUGACUUGUGUAUAAAGAGAUGAAGACAGUGUAUAGAAAUUUGCACAAGAGAAGAAAUUAUUUUUCAAAGGCACGUGUAUACUUUUAAAUUUUGUCGUGGGUCUUUCGUAGAAUAUGUUACGAACAAAUAUCGCGAAUGAAUUGAUCGAAUCAGUACGAAUCACUGAAUUUUGUUAGGUCGUGUUGUAAUACGAUAUAUAUAUAAUUUAAUUUAGGGGGAAAAAUAUAAAUAAAGAAGAAAAAGAAAAAAGAAGACAAGAAACAUUCAGGAAGAAUGUGCGCGAAGUUUUCGAUUUUAUUAUACUUUAAAUACUGAUAUUAUAUGUAAAUGUUUUAUUUUCCAAAAUUUUCUCCUUCAAUUAUUAUUAAUCGUAAUUAACGCAUGAAUUUCACCGUGCAAUUUAGUGCUUUAUCGGUAACGACUAUGAUUGUACGAAUAUUAAAUAUAUUUCUACUUUGAUUAUGAAAAAUUAGUGUCUUAUUUGAACAAUCACAUCGAUGCUUUGUUCUUCCUGAAUAUGUUUUAAAGCAUCAAAUGGAAAGAACAAGAACCUCUUAGACCUAGCCUUUAAUCCAACGAUAAUAAAUGUAAUCCAAAACAACACAAAAAAAGGAAAAAAAAGAGUGUGGCGCAGAAUUCGCAGGAUCUAUAUGUGUUGUCUACACAAAAGAACUGAAAGAAUCGAAAAAGAAAAAAUAGAUCACUAGUGAGAAACUGCGAGAAAAUCAAAGGGAUCGGCCUACGUAAAAAAUUGUGCAAUUGUACGAGCCGUAUAAAGACAAAAUAAUUGCUAAGGUAAAUUAUAUAGGUUUUGUACUCUCCGAUAGUAAGAAGUUGAAAGAGAAUUAUCUAUAUAUAUAUUAAUAUAAUAGUAAUAACGAUAUAUGAGCCCACGUAUGUGAUCAGCGAUCGACACGUGUGAUAUAAAAUUUAUGAACUAUUCAACUCAUAGAAGAGGAACACCAGAUGUGUAAAAUUUUGCGAACACUGCAUCGAUACUGUACACAAUGUAUAUCUUUAUCACUUGUCGCGUACGUUUCCUGCCAUAUUCUUAUUAUAACAGAAUUGGAUGUAUAUUUUAAUAUAGAAUCUUGCGAUACUACAUUUUUAAUUAUACGCUUAAAAAUUUUGGGGACUUCAUUCAUUAAAAAUUACACAUACCCACGUUAUUAUUUUUGUAAAAUAUACCACUCAUUCGAUGUUACCUGCCUACAUAUUUAUAUAUAUACAUACAUGUGGAUAUUCACGAGUAGAAUUGAAAUUUCCGUAUUUGGAUUGUCCAUAGCUAUCGAUUUGUCAAAAAGAAACACGCAGGUUCUUAUACACACGUAUAUAUAACAUUUUAAUUUUAUAGAAAAAGAAGGAUAAUAUUAUAUAUAAUUUUAUAAAAUUAGACUGUUCAAGCCCACACGUCGCGGAUAAUUACGUAUUAUUACGACAGGAAUCGUACGUGUCAUGUGUUCGACCAAGAAAAGAAAUAAUCAUCGAAAAUAAACGUUCUGUGGAAACGAAAAGUACCUUAGUGAUUAUUUUGUCUCUUUCUUAACACACCAUAUAAAAAAAAGAUAUUAAUAUAUGUACACAUAUACUGUGAUACAUGAUGCUGUGCAUGUAUAUACGUGCAUAUAUGAAUAUAUCUUGGAUAUAAUAAUUGCACACCAUAUAUCGCCGCAUCUUCUUUGUGUACUAACAUUACAUCACAGCUAUCAGUAUGUAAUACGAUUAUUAUCAUGCGUAAAAGUUCAUUUUUGUACGCUAUCAUACGUGGAAAUUAAUAGUAUUUCUAGUAUAUAAGAGACACGGCAAAAAUAUCUCGAUACACAAAACAUGUUAUUUGAUUUUUAUCUCGCUUGGUGGAGGGUACUUGUAAUGUUUGCCUACACAUUAUCCUCGAAACGUCGAUGCUAUUGUUAUCGUUGUUUAUAUUUAAGUGUAUUGUGUGUGCGUGUAAUUUUGCAUGAGCAUGCACGCGAUAGCUAGCUUUUUGUGCUGUACGCAUGUAUUCAGUUCUUCUUUUCUUUUCUUUCGAGAAUUAUGCUUUAAUUUACAUUUCAUUUAAUUCUCACAGAUAGCAAGUUAAAUUUGGGAGGGGGGGAAUGAUAAAAUUAGGUGCCAUCUAUUAGCAAUACUAUGACGUUUACUUGACUUUAUUCCACUUCUUUAUUUGGUCUUUUUGAAUAUACAUAAUAUUCAUCCGCAUUCCGUAUAGAAGCUUUAAUAUCAUUCGUUCAUGAAGUCACUUGAUGUUUCUCGAUUUAAUUCUCAGUUAGUCGCGUCCAUAAAAUUGGAAUUCAUUUGCGUCUUUUUUUAAAAACAGUAAUUAUGAUUCAUAAUUAUUUUAACUGAAUACCUGUAACUCAUUCAUAUAGCUAUACGAACACUUAUCACGUGUCUGAAACAUGCAUCGAGGAAUACGUGUUUAUUCACUAAUUCCUAAAUUAUGCGUCGCAACGAAAAAUGGAAUUGCAAUCGAUACCGUUUAAUCGGCAUAUCUUAUUAAUAUUAAUUUCUUUUAAUUCAAUUUCUAUAAUAGGCUGAUGCUAAUUAGCGUAUUCCUCAUCUGUUUCUUUUAUAAUCGACAAGAAAAGAAGGAAAGAUAACGGAAAGAAAUUUCAGCGUUUAAUGAUCAAAUAAGGAGUAAACCAACAACAUCAAAUAAUUCUGAAACAUUCUACCAAGGAAAUAGAGAAUUUACUUGAUUUUAUUUCGACGAAACUGGAUAAAUAUCGAUCAAUUUAUUAUUAGUUUUUUAAAACAAUUUCUUUUGAGGAUUGGAGUACCACAGUUCUCUUUGUAUUUUCAGGAGAAACACACGUCUAGCCAUCACAAAAGUUCCAGCAAGCUGUCACAGUCUCAGCAGUCUCACACGUCGUAGUAUCCGGACAUCAGUAGAAGAGGAUGUCGGUAAAAGUCUCUUCAGGAAGUGCUCCGAAGUAACCUGAUUGAUAUCCAUCCUGAAAGGGGAAAAUUCACCUCGUUUUGCUUCUUCGUCCUUGAAACUGCGUUGAGAUUCCAAAGCAAUGCAGCUUUCAUCGUCGUCCUCGUUUCUCACAGUCGUCCCAGAUGAUCAAGAGGAGAAUAGAUGUUCGUUAGCUGUCUGCUUCAUCCGUUGCAGCAUUCUAUCCAAAGUUUACGAUAAGAAGGGAAUAAUUCUUAUAACAGUUCUUCAUAUAUGGCUGCAUCGAAGAUGAGAAUUCACAAAAAGACGCAAGCUUGACGCCUUAACGUUAACCAAAGUUUAACGUAAAUCGAUCAGCGAUUUAUGCUUUCGACUAGAGAAAAGAACGAAAAACGCAAAAGAAAGGAAAAUAAUUAAUCUUACUCAGGUCAAAUUAAAUACGCAGUAAGUUAAGGAGAAAGGGAAUUUCACUUCGUCCUUGAUCAUUGGAUUACGCGAUUUUCAUUUUACUUGCGAUCUGUACAACAUCGCUUUUUAUUCUUUCCUUUUCCCCCCUCCCCCCCUUCUUUUUUAUACUAUCUUGUAGAAAUAUAAGACGAAUUCUUUUAAUUUUCUAUGUGCAAAUAAUCGAAAGAAUACGUCUUAUGGUAACAUAGCCCUCAGGAUCGAUCUCAGAUUUCCGAUUUUUUAUAACAAAUAUCGUACCGAUAUUUUGCAUCUAUCUUACGAAAACGAGUAAUAUAUCGUUCACGAUAUUUAAAUUUAAUCGUCUUCAUUUUUUCAUGCAUAUAUCGUUCAUUGGAACUAAUGAAUAAUACAUUUUGAAUCAUGAGCCUAUACAAUGUAAGUCGAACUUGUGAUUUCGUUUCGAGGGCUAAAUAAUACCUUUUUCCAACUUUCCAUUUGUUAUUCCAUUCAACUGCCAUGUUUUUAUUUGCAUCGAAGAACGCGAGACAAUGCAUCGUAAAUUUCACAAUUAUCAAAUUAAUCGUCGAUCGAUUCGUUAGACAGGGAGAGACGUGAUUAAACAGAUUUGAAGCUCGAAUGAGUCGGAUAUAGAAUGAUCUUUGUACGUUUUACAUUUUAGGUAACAAGUUUUUCUUUGCUGUUCAGUGAAUUCCGGAUCACGAAUGCUUUGUGCGACGUUCUUAUCGAUGUUGCGAAAGAACUUUAUUAUUCAAUAGUACACUUUCAUUGUCAUUGUUUCAGUUGAUCAUUUCAGUUUUGUUACGUUCACGAUGCAUUUAACAAAGUUUCGUUUCUUACCGCAUCUUCAUACUAUUUUUUUCUUUCUUUUCCUUGAAUCAAUCAAGAUCUUAGAGUAAAUGUUCCGUUUCAAUGAUCAAAACGUAGAACGCCGUAGUUCCAUAGAUGUUAAUGGUACAAAUUGUACAUACUUUUAGUAUCCCACCUCCAUCGAUUGUUCUUCAAAGAUGAAUUUUCUACAGGUUCGAAUGUCCCUAAGAAACGAAUCGUUUGUGCGAAGCGGUGAGCAUGCACACUGAAAGAAAAACUUGGUCCAUGUCCAAUGAUAUUUAUUCGUGCCGUUUUGUUAUGUACAUAGCCGAAAAAACCGCAUAAUAUAGUAAGUAAUUCGAAUUAUACUAUCGCCACUUAGCAUAAAGGACUAUAGAUAAACGAUUAAUAUUAUUGUCAGACUGUAAAUAAAAUUAUUUUGUAUGCCAAAAUAAACCAAAUGAAUGACUCGACACACUACGGUUAUACAAUCGCGUUACACCACACAAUGUAAGAAAUAUUAAAAUGAAAAAAAUACAGAGUAAUGGUACAAGUUGCAGUACGCGCAAUGGUAAUACACGAAAGAUUCCAUUAAUUAUCUUCACUCGUUCAAAAGAUAAAGGAACCAUGCGUAUAUUUAGCGAACACACAGUUAAUACUCGACUCUAUUCUCUGUAGGUAUUAUUUUUUAAGAGAAACCGAUAAUAGAAUUAUAUUAUCAAAUAUAUUUGCGAACGGCCGUGCGUACUGUAUCGAUUUAAAAAAAAAAGAAAAAUGUUAUCACUGAUUUUCACGCGUAUUUCAUACCCGAGCAUUUGUUGCGUUAUCUUAAAAACGAGCAGCUAUAGUAAUAAUAAUAUUAAUAUCAAUUAACAUUUAAAUAAUGGUAAUUAUAAUAAUACGACACAUUGAUAAUUGUAAACAAUAAGAACGCAAAACGGUGAUCCACCUCUGUCGUUUGUGAAUUUUUGAAACAAUUCACGCAUAGCCAUUUCUUCAUCGUUCUUCUUUUAUUGUGCAUAUCGAAGAUUGCACUCCGAGUUCGAAAACGUGUACGGAGAAAAACAUGUAUUUAUUGACUAUAAAUGAUAAGCCGAUCAGAUGUAAACUUAGAUUCGUGAAUCGUAUUUCAACUAUUGUCAAAUAUGCCUUUGACACGUUUGUUCAACGAAACAAAAGAGAGAGAGAAAAAAAACAAAAUUGUAUGUUAGCAAUAAAUGUUCCAAGACGAUUUUCGGCGCGAUAAAAUAUCAUCCGCUUCGUCGUUCGUCGAAUAAUAUUGUAAGAAUAUUUUUCAUUCUUAUUACACGAUAGGUAAGAAUGACGAGCCUAUUUUAUCGUGUCGACUUUAAUCCAUAGCCGAGAGUAAUUCAAAGUUCUACUUAUAGAGUAUUACAAUUAUACACAGUUUAAGUAUAUGUUAUUGCCUCACAAAGAGAGCGUUCGCACCGAGAGCAUUUUCUUCUCAUUUGUAGCAUGUUUCUCCUUCUAAUCCUUAAGAGAAGAAUAGAUGAAAUUUUUAGUAUUCUCUUGGCUAUGUGGUACAAAGACGACGUUUAUUGCUAAUUGUUUCCAGUUCAGCGAAUAACGCGUAAUAAUUGUAACGCAACUGUUUCGCUAUUUACCAAGAUUGAAUUACAGAGCGAAACAGAGAACGAGUGAGAAAGAAAAAGAAAACAAUUGAUCAUGUAGAAUUUCGAAUGAAAUAACGUCGGAACGCACGGCAUUGUUUUAUCGACUAAAUAAUUUGUUUGUCGAUCGAAUUUUUUCGGAGAGCGAAACGGGCUCGUUUGAAAAUUAUUAGACUAAAUUUAGCUAUAAAUCCUCGAUUAGGACGAAAACUACUAUGUUUCUUUAGAGAACAGGUUACUUCCGUUUCUUUCUUCGAAGAAGAAAAGUAAAUAAAAUGGAAAGGAACAUAUUAUACGAGUUCGAUCGACGUAAAAGAUGGAGAAUUUUUUUAAAAGGACGAACGGGAGAUAACCGAAGAAUAAAAUACCGUGUCCGCGAUGUAAAUAAAUUUAUUCUUAAGGACUUGAACAGAAGCGACGAUUCGUGGAGAGUGUAUACUUAUUAUUAUUAUUAUUAUUAUUAUCAUCGUUUGCAAGACGUGCAUUUGUAUUUCACGCGCAUGCCGAGGAGCUUGCGUAUCGUGGAUACACGCUCGAUCCGAGAGUCUUUAGUCGUGAGAAAGUUCCUUCUUAAAAUUAUAAAUAAUUUCACAUUUAAAAAAGGAGCCAAAAAAAGAAAACCGAAUUAGAGAAUUAUAAACAGCUGAUUUCAUAAUAGGACACAUAUUAACAUUAUUUGAUAUACCUUCCUUUUCAAAUGAAUUCACCCUUUCAUUAUGGUGGGUGUUUAUAUUUUUUCAAAUUACGAGUGCAAUUAUUAUUUCAUACUAAGAAGUACUCAUAUAUGUUGGACAAAUAUAUAUAUGUGUGCAUAUAUUACACACACACACUCAAUCACACACCAUAUAUAUAUAUAUAUAAAUAUAUAUAUAAAUAUAAAUAUAUAUUUAUCUAUAUUUAUAUAUAUAUAUAUUUAUAUAUAUGUUUACAUAUAUUUAUAUAUAUUUAUAUAUAUAUAUAUAUAUAUGUGUAUAUUUCUUUAUUUUUUUUUAGGAACAAUGCUUUCAAAGAAAAAUAAGAAAAAUCAUUAUUUUCUCUCUCAUGACUGAUGAUUUUCGCGACCUGAGGUAAGCUUGCCUAGUUUCAGGCGGCGUUAAAAAGUUAUCCUUAAUAAAGAGAGAAGCAAAAGAAUGAUUAAAACAACUA